ACGUGAAGAAUUCACAGCCUCAUUGGUCUUCCAACCACAAACAGUGACAAAACAAGCAAUUAAUUAGAGAAUAAUUGGUCUCCAGUUACGGCAGAAAAUUUACUAUCAUGUAGAUAAAAUUUUAAUAAAAUGUCCACGUUUGGGCCGACGAUCCUCUCCUCUGUGAUCUGGAAGCUAAUGGAAUGGCAUAUACGCAACGCAACGCCGAAAGAAGAGUUACAAGACAGAUAGGUUUUUCUUCCUCCACGGUACGCACCACAAACAGACACAGCAAAAACGUAGAUAAUCAUCAGAACUCCAGGUUCAAGACUCUGAGACGGUGAUUGAAGAUAAGCAGUAUGAAUGUGGCGCUGAGUGAUAUACAUUAUUCCUGUAUUUACAGCUCCUCGAUUUCACCAACCAUUUGUCCUCAUCAUCAGCGUCGUUUAAUCAGCGUUCGGAACCCUAGCCACCGUUUUCGCGCCAAAUCCUCUCUGAUUAUUGAGAAACAGGACGGCCAAGUUGUCUCCGACCGGAAAUCUCCAUCUCAGACCUUGUCGGAGUCCGUUACCCGCCGCCUCAUUCUGCUUCGACAUGCUGAGAGUUCCUGGGAAAAUCGAUCGCUCCGGGAUCAUGACCGGCCUCUGAGUAAAUCUGGGCAGGUGGAUGCCCUGAAAGUUUCUCACAAACUCCAACAAUUGGGUUGGAUUCCCGAACUUAUCUUGUCUAGUGAUGCAGCACGAACUAAGGAGACCCUCAAGAUAAUGCAAGAACAAGUGCGUGAAUUGUUAGAAGCUGAAGUUCAUUUUGUUUCUAGUUUUUAUUCAAUUGCAGCCAUGGAUGGACAAACGGCAGAGCACCUUCAAAAGGUUAUUUGUAAAUAUUCAAGGGAUGAAAUACUUACUAUAAUGUGUAUGGGACAUAACAGGGGAUGGGAAGAGGCGGCCUCAAUGUUCUCUGGUUCUUCUGUAGAAUUAAAGACAUGCAAUGCUGCACUGCUUGAGGCUACUGGGAAAUCUUGGAAUGAGGCCUUUGCUUCAGCAGGAUUUGGUAGGUGGAAGCUCCAGGGUGUAGUAAAACCGAGUAGCUAGGUGAUUAAGAAUUUCGGCGUGCUGGCUCAUAAAAAAGAGAGAAGUUAAAGUGGGGCCCAUGGUGGGUGGGGUGGGAUUGAAGGUAGGGGUGGUUAUAGAAAGUGGAAAGCUUUUUGAACUACUUUCAAGGAACCAAAAAGCCUCAGGUAAGGUAAGGUGCACAGAAAUCAAACUUAGAAAUGCAUACAAGCUGGAACGAAGUUGGAAAAUGAAGCUUGGACAUUCAUUCAUUAGACCUGUGUAAUUUUGUAGCUAAUGAUUUGUGCCCAUGGAGAUCCAGGAUGAUGCAUUUAUGAUGCCUUCAUGUGCUGCUCAGUGGUUGCUUGCUCGUUGAACUUGUAGCUUCACUCUUUACAAGUGCAAAAUUAUGCUUCUGCAAGCCUUGCUCUAUGGUCUGUGUCAGAGAUACAAGUUAUGUGCACUUUUACUCUCUCUCUCUCUCUCUCUCUCUCUCUCUCUCACUGCCCCCUCUCAAGGAAAAAAAAAAAACCGGUUUUUUUUUUCACUUUUUAUUGUCCAACUUGGCCGAAGGAAAUAAAGGAUAUACAUAUUUUCUAUUUACAUAAUGGUUGAUUUAAAUCAACCUGGUAGGGAAUUGAUUGGUGCGCCACUAUUUUGGUAUUAGUUGUGUAAAAGAUUACUUUCUUGGGGACAUGAAUCUGUUUUUUCUUUCUUUUCAAGAUAUCCAGAUACAUAACAGAAUAAUUUAUACAUACAA